AUGUCUUCGAGACCCGUCCUCAGAGCGCUUGCCCGAUCUUCCAGGCUACAACAUCGAACGCUGUCGACCUCUCCGUCAUGUCUUGCCAGAAAGCACCCGAAUGGCUACGCCCCACCUGCACGAGAAGAUCUAGAAGAACUACGUGAGAGGACCAGAGAGUUCGCUCUUCGUGAGAUUCCAGAAGAUGUUGCUGUAAAGACAGACCACGAUAAUGAGUUCCCAAAUGAAAUGUGGCUGAAGAUGGGCGAAGCUGGCUUGCUUGGAAUCACCGCUGACGAGGAUUAUGGCGGUCUUGCCAUGGGCUACCAAGCACAUUGCACUGUCAUGGAAGAGCUGUCUAGAGCAUCAGGCAGCAUCGGACUCUCAUACGCCGCUCACUCGCAGCUGUGCGUGAACCAACUGAUGCUAAAUGGUAAUCAGGACCAGAAGCAAAGAUUUCUACCAGAUCUGAUUGCAGGCAAAAAGGUCGGCGCGUUGGCAAUGUCUGAAGUUUCGGCCGGAAGUGAUGUUGUCAGUAUGAAGACCACAGCCAAAGAGGUUGAUGGCGGCUAUGUCUUGAAUGGCACAAAGUUUUGGAUCACGAAUGGUCCCGACGCAGACACAAUGGUUGUGUAUGCAAAGACAGCACCGGACGCUGGCUCGAAAGGUAUCACUGCCUUCAUUGUGGAUACCACAGCCAAGGGUUUCUCGUGCGCUCGGAAACUCGACAAACUUGGUAUGAGAGGAUCAAACACUGGUGAGAUCGUACUCGAGGAUGUGUUCGUCCCCACCGAAAACAUUCUUGGUGAAGUCAACAAAGGCGUCCGAGUACUCAUGGAGGGUCUUGAUCUGGAGAGAUUGGUUUUGAGUGCAGGCCCACUCGGACUGAUGAAGGCAGCCCUGGACGUGACUCUACCAUACACUCACGAACGCAAGCAAUUCGGCCAACCAAUUGCAACAAACCAGUUCAUGCAUGGAAAGCUCGCAGACAUGUACACAAAGUACAUGGCAUCGUCAGCCUUCACAUACUCGGUGGCUGCUGCAAUCGACAAUGAUCCGGAUAACGCUCAGAUCAAGACUCAAGACUGCGCGGGUGCUAUCCUCUACGCUGCAGAGAGAGCGACCGAGUGUGGCAUGGACGCAAUCCAGUGCAUGGGUGGUAUGGGUUACAUGAGCGAGAUUGCUGCGGGCAGGAUCAUGCGAGAUGCGAAGCUGUAUGAAAUCGGAGCUGGAACCAGUGAGAUCAGAAGAAUGGUCAUUGGAAGAGCGUUCAACAAAGAAUAUCUCCGAUAG